UGCAAUGUGGUCGAGGCAGUUGCUUCACGUGACGCUGUUUGCAGUGUGCUUGCAGCAAUGUAACGCCGGUCCUCGUCUUGGCGAUGAAUUCAUCUGGGGCAACCGUGACGACAGAACGGAUCGCGUGUGUCUGUCCCAGUCGGUUGUUAUCGAGCCCACUUGGGAAGCAUUCUUUAGCUUCUUCCGUCCCGUCACGAGACUGGUGUCCUUCAUUCCUCCACGGCAGCCGGAUCAGGUGGUACGCUACAUACGCGUCUGGACAGAUGCACCGUGGCAUAGGUUUCGGGCCGAACUGGUGCACGGUGGUGUCGGAACGAAGGCGCCGAUUGCGACGAUCAUUCAACUUAGCCGGCACUGGAUGUUGUUUGCAAAUAUUGUGAUGUAUUGCUCAACGGUACCUCCAUAGGAUAAAG